AUGUUGAAAGGUGGCCCUGCCCCAACAGCUGCUGCCAUCCUGCCACCAUCGGGUCAGACUGGUGGCCUCUGUGAGGGGAGGCAGUGCCCCACGCAACCAUGCAGACGUGAAAAAUGACAAAUGAAAAUUCAUGACAGAGAAUGGUCCACGAAGGAUCCAAAUGAAGAUACUGAAUGGAAUGAUACACUAAGACAUUUUGGAAUUCUUCCUCCAAAAGAAAAAACAAAAGAUGAAAUUGAAGAAAUGGUUUUACAUUUGCAGAAAGAAGCAGAAGUGAAACCAUAUGAAAGAAUGAAUCUUGAAGAAUUGAAAGAAGCUGAAGAUGACUUUGAUGAGGCUGAUAGGAAAGCUAUUGAAAUGUACAGGCAGCAACGCUUGAAAGAAUGGAAGUGUCUUCAGAGGAUGCAAAAGUAUGGGGAACUAAGAGAAAUUUGUGGAGAGCAGUAUGUAAAGGAAGUUACAAAUGCUCCAGAUGAUGUUUGGGUUAUAAUUCAUCUUUAUCGGUCAAGCAUCCCAAUGUGUUUACUGGUUAACGAACAUCUCAGCCUGCUAGCCAGAAAGUUUCCAGAAGUCAAGUUUCUCAAAGCUGUUGUAAACAGCUGCAUUCAGAAUUACCAUGACACGUGUUUACCCACAAUACUUGUAUAUAAAACUGGUGAAAUAAAAGGCAGGUUCAUUGGAGUAGCUGCAUGUGGGGGAAUAUAUCUUAGAGUGGAAGAGCUCGAAUGGAAACUAGCAGAAGUUGGAGCGAUAGAAACUGACUUAGAAGAAAACCCCAGAAAGGACAUUAUGAAUAUGAUGACACUGUCAGUGCAAAACAUUUCUGCUCAUAAAGCCACCAAUACACAAAGCAGUGAUGUGAUGAAACCACAUAUUACUUGAGAAAAUUUUAAUGCAGCUCACCUGUUCUGAUGUAAAUUAGCUCAUUUUUUUUACUCCUUCGGUAAGCCUGAGCCAAUUAAAAAACAAAACAACCCGCACAACCU